UUGUUGGAUUUCCAAUACAAAGUUAUCAAAUCUGAAAACACACAUCUAAAAGAGAUUUUGGAAAACCAGGAGUGUAAAAGUUGCAUGAGUAUAGAUUUAUCUAACAAAGAACAUGGAAAUUUCACCGCUUCCAUUCACAAACUGGAAAAUGAGAAUGUAAGAUUACAAAAUAGGUUUGUUAAACUAGAAAGUGACACAGAAACGUCAGUAUUGGGUCACAUGGAUACAUACGGAGAAACAGAGCACAGCUACCAAACCCAUCCAAAGACACAAGAAAUGGAAGAGAGAACUUUCCAAAAGAAAGAUGCAUGGGAAAUGGAACAUCAACAGACUGCUAUGUUCACAGCCAGUGGAUACCACAGAAACUGUAGUCCUGCUUUAUAUGGCCAAGGCAAUAUCACUGGUUCAAAAAGUGACAGCACUUUAUCUUCUCAUACACUUCACAGAGGCCAUGAAGAGAAAAUAGAUUAUAAAUCUCCAUCACCACCAACGGGGUAUCCGUUGGGCUUUGGUGGGCCGUUUCCUGAAAAGGGCGGAACAGCCAGCUUACUGAGCCCUGCUUACAGUGCAGAAGAAAUCAAAUUAUCAUCUCCCCCUGAGAUGUCCUUCCUUGCAACAGCAGAAAAGUUCCUUCAAGAGGAAGAGAAACACACAAGAGAGUUUGAAGAACGUUUAAAUUCGCACCUUGAAGAACUGCAAAGACAUUCGGAAAAUACCCUAAAAAAAUAUGCCAGGAUACAGCAAAGCAGGCAUACUUAA